CCCGCCGGUACCGCGGGUCCCGCGGGGCGGGGCGCCGGCGGCGAGGGCGCGCGGCCGCUCGCACGCGACUGGCGCUCGCGCGGCGCCUACGCGGCGCUGCAGCACGCGCCCUCGUCCGAUGACGACGCGCUCGAUGGCGUUAGGAAAGAUGAAGUUGUUAAGAACGGAUCAGUAACAUCGAAAAUCCAGGCACCGGCUGAAAAAGAAACUAUUAUAUCUUUAACACCGACGUCAACCGUGGUGGUGUCAGAAAAAGCUGUGCCGCCAGCAAUAAACUCGGUGACUUCGACGUCAGCCACGAUGUUGACGUCAGCUGCAAUGUUGACGUCAGCUGCAAUGUCGACGUCGGUCGUAAUUUCGACACCCUCGACGUUGUCAGUAGCGACAACAGCGUCGGUUACGGCACCGACGUUGAUUGUGACGUCGUCAGCGGAUUUGUCGACCACAGCGGUACAGACUACGACAAUACGACGUCAGACGGCGGUAGCUUCUCCCUUGAGCGUCGAUUGGAAAUCGAACAAGAUGAACGGUGAUACCAAGUCGAGGAAGGAAAUGAAAAACUUUAGGAUAGGGUCAGCUCGUCGCGUGGAGGCGUGCUCGCUGCUCAACGGAGAUGGAGACCCAGAUUUCGGAACGCCGGUGUGAUUGCACGCGCUACAUCGCUGAAUCUCUUUGUUUUCGCUUGUAUCGCUCACCACAUUCGAGAUAUAAUACCAAUUCGUUAUGCGAAAAUGCUCCAACCCACGCCUACAUUCCAAAUUAGCCUUAUAUUGCAGUAACACAGUAAAGUGUUGUGAUAAAAAUAGAUACGAAAAUUAGCUACGCUGCCGGUUGCCAGGUUUUUUUACAAAGCGUUUCAUGACUUAUUAAAUGGUUUGGAUCAUUUUUAAAUAACAGCAGAUAAAUUAGGCAUCAGUCGUGAUCGGGGCGCUUGAUAUUAAUGUAAUGGCCCUGGAUGCACCGUGGCGACUAGAAAUUAAAUUCAGAUCAAACAUGAAUGCAAAGUACAAAAUCGCCAGCUUUAAACUCGGAUUGAAUCAAAAAUAUACAUAUGACUAGUCUCUGCAUAUUACAUAAUAUUUGAGUCUAGCUGAUAAAAAUACGCUACAGCCAAAUUUGUUGUCAUUUAUUUGCGAUUUGCUAUUUGAAGAUUUGUUGAAUAUUUAAAAUUGGCUUAAAACGCACAAUAUAAAUUAUCGUAUAUUUAUAAGUCAUUGUGCAUCUGGGGAUUUCGUUGUGCGUAUACGUGUCACACUAAGUACUUUUAUUUUAGUGUUUGAGCGAUCAUAAUAUCUAUUUGUAGCAGCAUUUUUAUUACAGUGCGUGCUACGUUUCUAAAACAUACUUAAAUUAUUAGUUUUUAUUUUAUUUAAAGGACUGAUCAUUGGUUUUAAAUGUAUACAAUAAGCAAAAGACUUAUAGGGUAUAUUUUUUAUUAACUGUCAUAUCCCCUACUCUUGUAUUUAUACGCUAAUGAAAUUAAAUAAAAUUCUACAAUAUUUUUUUCGCUAACAAAUCGGUGAGAUUGGUAAAAAUGUUACCUAUAUUAGAAAGUAUAUGCAAUUUUAGUAUGUAAAUCUAAAAUUAAUCGUAGUUGCUAGUUCAGGUUUGUGAAAUAUAUUUUCAUUAAAUAGUGCGCCCACGAGUGAAGGCGGUCAGAGCGAGCUCGUCACCAAAUACGUCACAAUUCACAUUCGCGUUGCCAAAUGUGAUAAUGGCGCCUAAUGGCACCUCUCUUUUUUCUUAAAAAAAUAACUAUCAACUCGAUGGCAGCUGUGCUAAUUUAAAAUGAAAAAAAUAAACUAUAUUGUUUUAGAAUGUGAAAAUACGUAACUGAAGUAUAUAUACACUAUAUGCGUAAAACUUUAAAUUGGAAAAUAAUGCACAAAUUUAGAUAUUGGAAAAAAAAAUGAAUUGAAUUUAUAUUAAGUAUAAUUGAUGAUACUUUGAUUUUUAUGAAGAUUUCAAACAGCUACAGCGCGAGCGUCCACGACCACCAAAUAAUAAUUACUUUGUUUAUCACAAUAAACAGCUGUUUGGAGAUAGGCCAACAUUUUAGAUUUUGACUACGUUACGGGCGAUGUCUCCGUGUGAUUUAAUUGUUUCAUUAAUGGAUUCCGAUCAUGGAUAUUUUAAACAGUCAAAUGAUAUUUUAGUUUUUUUUUUCUUGUAAAUUUAUUACUUAUUAUUACUUCAUACAUUCAUAUUAAGUGAUUUCGGAAUAAUAUUUUAUUACGUUAUUUAUUUCUAUAUAUUAUAUUUUAUAAAUAUUCUGUAUAUACGUAUGUUAAUUAAAUGGGUCCUUCGAAAGUGAUUAUUAUUUAUAUUUUAAUUUUUCAUAGUUUUAAUAUAUUGGAGAUCUAUUCAAAUGGGUGUGCUUUAUAUAAGUUGAUAUAUGUAUUUCAACAUUAUUUACAUUAUGUUGCCAUAUAUAACUAGAUUAGUUCAUUUAAUACUAACUUACAUAAAUUGUUAAUGUAAUAACCAAGAAAUGAUCUAAGAAAUCCAGUAUUCAGUAUGAAUAUGCGGGAUGGGAUUUUAGAAGUUAUUAUAUUCUGUUUACUUCUUGACAAAGAUUUCUAAAUACCGGUCGUCGUACACUAGGCCUACUGCUUAAGAGAUAAGAUAAUAGAUAAUAGGACUGCAUAACAUUCCACGCAUUGCAGUAUCGUUUGCGAAAACUGUCUACUUUUUAUUAACAGAAACAUAAUUUGCCUAUGUAUCUAUACUUAUGAUAUAUUGAUUAAAUUUAUAAAAAAAG